AUGAUGAGAAUGCCAAAAAGUGAAUUAUUUGCAUCAAUCAAUGCAUUAGCUGCUCAAGAAUUUAAUCAACUAUGUGUAAUUGAUAAUUUGAUGGCUUAUGGAACGUUAGAUAUUAUACGUGGUCAACAGACAGUGUUUCCGCACAGCCGAAAAUGGAUGUUAAAAGAUGGGUCAGAGACAGGUAUUUCAUCUCCAUUUGCUCUUGUAACAGGUAUGUCGCCUGAAACGAAGUUAAACGCUUAUGAAUGGUCACCUCGUGCAGUGCUGCUGAGACAAGAAUAUUUUACAGAAACAUAA